AAACAUAACCCUGUUUGGAAGCCCUUUUGCAAUCCCUACAUUUGGUUCCAAGCUCCGAUUAGAGAAUUCGUAGCCCUUGUUUCGAACCCGACCCUCGGCCUGAACUUGGAGCAUUUCAAAAGAAAUGCCCUACUCUUCAUUUUGCUGGUGCACUAAUAAAGUCUCUCCGUGACCUCCGCGGUGUCCCCGGAGGCUCGGCUCUUCCCAGCUCAAUUCUGUGUUGAAAGCGCGACGCUCAUUGCAAAUGCUAAUCGGUCUCAAAUAAGAUGUGAAGACCUGCCAUUGGCUGGCAAUCGGUUGGGGGUGUGCCCCGGGAUAGGCCCCGGCGAGCCUCCUGGGGACAAGCGGCUCCGAUAAUGGAUGGCUAGACAAAGUGAAGAAUGUAGUUGAAAAUCAACAUCCAGUCGCAGUUCCAUUUUAGAGCUGGAAAAAAAGCUGCAUUGAUGCCACUUGAGUCAAUUAGUCGAAUUGCGUGCUGUGUUCCAUAAUGGCCUGGAGCCCAGACCACUCCCUCUUCACCACACACACACACACACACACACACGCACACACAUCCUCUCUCUCUCUCUCUCUCUCUCUCUCUCUCCCCCUUUUCGUGUGGCUUUCCUUCUUUGUUUCUUUGCGCCGGAUUGCGAUGGAGCCCAGCAGUCCCAAGAAGAUCCAGUUUGACGUUCCGCCGCUGCAGGGACACUUGGACCCCCAGGCCGCCGAGCACAUACGUCGCAGAAGACCGACACCUGCCACUCUGCAAAUAUACAGACAACCAGAAGCCGGAGAUCAGCAUGACGUCAGCGGAGGUUCUCAGUGUGGAGAUGGCGCUCGGAGGCGGCAGAGCGCUUUGGCCCCGCCCACCACCAAAGGGCUUCACGUCGGGGUGGAGCACCCCCUGGCGGGGGGGCCGGACCGUCACUUGAGUCCGAGCUCAACGCAGCACUCUGCCGGCUCCUUCCCGUGGACCAAUCGGAACGGGCCGGAGGAAGCCAACGGGAACCUGGUAGCCAAUCACGGGAGAGGCGUGGCACAGAGCAACAGUUGCCACGAUGUGUCAUGCGAGUCCCAAAAAGAAGCUUCCAGCCCCGACUCGGUCUCUCGAUAGCCGCCGCCGCCGCCGCCGCGCUUCCUCUUCUUCGCCCUCCUCUUCAACGCUCCUCUUCCUCGUGUUCAUGCUGCCGCGUGACCCGCUCGACGACAACGAGAGCGAGAACGCUGUACAUCUCAUGUACGAUGACAUUGAUGCACGUGACGUGGCUGUGAAUAAAGAUCUCUUAUUAUAUGGCAA